CUUUUAGCGUAUUCACUGUUCAUGAGUUCUGGGUUUGGUUUGCUUUGUAUGCUCAACAAUUUAUUGACAUCUUCACGAAAAAGUUUAAAUUUUAAAUCAGACAAAAGCAGUCUCAUGAUUUCUCUUUGAUUAACUCAAUAUAGAUUUCUUCUUCGCACUAGCAAAUAAACACAUUAUCUUCUUCUUCUUCUUCUCUCAUCGUUACUUUAUAGAUUUAGUAUCGAGGAGACAGGUCGAAAUUGAGGUUCUUUUAAAGAAAAGUUCCAUUUCAUAUCUCUAUCAAACCCUUUUCUGAAUAUUAUUUUGCUUGUGAAUUUGAAUUUGAGCUUUUUUCCUCUGUUCUUGGGAGGAAUUUUUGUCUGUGUUUGUGAUGCGUUAUAAUUGCUUCGGACUUCUAGAUAUGUGCAACGGAAGUGAUCGUCUUGGACAAAGAGAAGCUGAAGAGAUUUGCACCAACAAUGUGAGGGUCUUUUCAUAUAAUUCAUUAAGAUCAGCCACUGAUAGUUUCCAUCCAACGAACAGAAUCGGAGGUGGUGGCUAUGGCGUUGUCUUUAAGGGAGUUUUGAGAGAUGGCACACAAGUAGCUGUGAAAUCACUAUCAGCAGAAUCUAAACAAGGGACACGCGAGUUCUUGACCGAGAUUAACUUGAUAUCAAACAUUCAUCAUCCUAACCUUGUUAAACUCAUCGGUUGCUGCAUCGAAGGGAACAAUCGGAUUCUUGUCUAUGAGUACCUUGAGAACAACAGUCUUGCUAGUGUUUUGCUUGGUUCAAGGAGUAGAUAUGUACCGCUUGAUUGGUCCAAAAGAGCUGCGAUUUGCGUUGGGACAGCUUCGGGUUUAGCUUUCCUUCACGAGGAAGUCGAACCUCAUGUUGUUCACCGUGACAUCAAGGCGAGUAAUAUCUUACUAGACUCAAACUUUUCUCCCAAAAUUGGUGAUUUCGGGUUGGCUAAGCUUUUUCCAGACAAUGUCACUCAUGUCAGUACCCGAGUCGCUGGAACAGUGGGAUACUUGGCUCCAGAAUAUGCACUUCUUGGUCAACUGACAAAAAAAGCAGACGUUUACAGCUUCGGGAUACUUGUGCUUGAGGUCAUUAGUGGUAAUAGUAGCACCAGAGCCGCCUUUGGAGACGAGUACAUGGUUCUUGUUGAAUGGGUAAAGCUAAAAGCCUCGUACCUCAACAAAAAUAUAUAUAGCUCUAUGUUUGUGUUAAUGUUUCUUACAAGUGAAAAAAUAAUACAUUUUCAAAAUGUAAAAUGCGAAAACAAACAAUAUUCAAUGCUUUAAACUCUGUCUUGGGCAGGUGUGGAAGCUGAGAGAAGAAAGGAGGCUACUAGAGUGUGUAGAUCCAGAACUAACCAAGUUCCCCGCAGAUGAAGUGACCCGUUUCAUCAAGGUGGCUCUUUUCUGCACUCAAGCCGCGGCGCAAAAGAGACCAAACAUGAAGCAAGUGAUGGAGAUGCUUCGCAGGAAAGAGCUUAACCUCAACGAGGAUGCCUUAACGGAACCUGGCGUCUACAGAGGUGUCAACAGGGGACGCAACCACCGUGGAAUCGGUCUUAGGGUCGGCCAAGGAGGCAGCUCACAGGAGAGCUCGUCAACGCAACGUGACAAAGGGAAAAGCUCAGCCGUUCCUCAAGGGUCGACGUCCAACUCUAAUAUUUCCUUCCAGAGCAUCACAGAGUUGGCUCCUAGAUGAUUUUUUUCUGUUAAUAGAGCACAAUUUUAUUCUUGAGUAUAUUAAUUAGUUUAUGAUGUGUUAAUAUCUUAUACAUAGGGUAUAUAUGAAUAAACCAAAGAUGCUAUCUGAUAAAAUGUUAUGUAGUUGUCUGACAUUUCCCUUUGUGUCAGAAGCCAGCAGUUUAAAAUUAUGAUUGGCAUGAUUUUGCAACAUUCUUGUAUUCAAUGAUUUGGCUUGAUUUGCAACAUUCUUGAAAUGAAU